AUGUACCCACACCUUACUAAUAACAAUAUGACCUUGCCUUAUCAACAAGAAGAGGAACCAUACGGGAAGAGUUCUGCUCCACUUCUAGAACCACCUGUAAUUUAUGCUGCUGCUUCUUCUACUGUGGGUCAACAAGCUUCAAUUAACCAUUUUGACAAUAAUGCCAGUUACAAUGCAAAUGAAGAAAAUCCCUAUUCAACCAAAAUCAUUAGAGUUGGCUCUAUUCUUUUGUUUGUUGGAACUGCAAUUGUAACCAUGUUUCUUCUUGCAGAUUUUGUUGCUGGCACAAUUUAUUAUACAUCAACAAGGUAUCCGAAUGGAAGUCCACGCAAUGCACCUGCUGUCAGCUUUGUGAAAUUCCCAUUAUUGGCAUUGAAUGCCAUCUUGUUGAUCCUGAGUGGAGUGUUUGGAGUUUUAUCCACCAAAAAUGAUUCAACCAGAACUGCUAGAUUUUCAUUGUUGCAUGUUGUUUUUCUAAGUUUAGGAAUGUUAGUUUUCGUAUGGGAGUUUAUAUUCAUUUAUGUUUCAUUCUUCACAACUGGAUAUGAAUUUAACACAUAUUCACAUGGUUAUCACUUUAUUCCAUUCUUGGUCAUAUUUUCUCUGUUUUCGUUCAUUGGAGUUUUAUGUUGUGGAAUUUGUUGUGUUUCUGGUGUUGUCAGAUUGAGAAAUAUUGAUUUAAACAUAAAGGAAACAAGCAUUUAA